AUGAGUGCUGGUGUUUCAGUAGACGAUGCAAUAAAUAAUGUGAAUGUAAGUUUUUCCGAUUUUUUUUUGUAAAAUCAAAAAUCAAAGUUACAGCUACUAGAUUCACUGGUUCUACCGGAUGAUUUGCCAGAUAUUGAAGCGCGUGCUCUUCCGCUGUUAUGUAGAUCAAAUUUCGAUACAAAUUUCGAAGAUCGAAGCGCAUUUGUAACAGGAAUCGCAAAAUAUAGUGAAGAAGCAACAAGACAUGCACAAUUUGUAAGGGUUUUCAAAAUGGAAUUUCUGAAUCAAAAAUACAACAUUCAAAUUCUUGUUUCCAGAAUGAUAUGUUGGCUGACGGUUUGAAACACGCUGCAAAUUUAUACACGUGGAGAUGUUGUUCUCGAGCAGUUCCGAUGGCAAAAUCAAACGAUCAACCAAAUCGCACUGAAAUCAAUGAAAUGGUCGUGAAUGUUUUGAGACCAGAAGUCAAUAAAUUGAGUUGUUUCAUGCGAUUCACGCUAACCGCAAUUCAAAAAUUUUGCGAAGAAUUUCGACGACUUUGUCAUGCUGAAAAACGCAAAGAUUUUGUGUCCGAAGCCUAUCUUCUAACCCUCGGUAGAUUUAUAAAUAUGUUUGCGGUUUUGGAUGAAUUGAAAAAUAUGAAAGCAUCGAUCAAAAAUGAUUUCUCAACAUAUCGUCGAGCAUCACAAUUCUUGCAAACAAUGUCUGAUACUCAAGCAAUUCACGACAUGCAAAAUUUGAGCAUGUUUCUAGCGACACAGAAUAAAAUCAAAGAUGAUCUCAAACUUCAAAUGAAAACCAUCGAAGGUUAUGAGGAAUUAUUGGCGGAUGUUGUGAAUAUUUGUGCGCAUAUGUAUGAACAUCAAUUAUAUUUAUCACCCAAUGAAAAACACAUGUUUGUUAAAGUCAUCGCUUUUUCACUGUUUUUGAUGGAUGGAGAUGUUGGACAUGUUGCAAAAUUGGAUCAGAAGAAGAGGUUGAGUAUUCAGAGACUUGAUAAGAUUUUUAAGACACUUGAAGUUGUUCCGUUGUAUGGUGAUAUGCAGAUUCAACCGUUUGCUUUUGUCAAAAGAAGUUCGCAUUAUGAUGCAAGUAAAUGGCCAUUGAGUGAUAAAGAAUGUGAGUUUUAUGGGAUUUUUCUGGCUUUUUAGGCGCUUUUUCUUGUGAAUUGAGACCUGAUUCUUGAAAAUUGCAUUCUCUAGGCUUCACUGCUUGACUUAGAUGCUCUCAAGGCCCGGCUCUUUGAAAAUUGCAUUCUCUAGGCUUCGCUGCUUGACAGAAGUUUUCAAGGGUCGGAUCCUUGAUAAAUAGAACCUCUAGGCGCUGAACCUUGAAAAUUGAAGUUCCUAGGCUUCGCUACUUGACUUAGAUGCUCUCAAGGCGCGGUUCCUUGAUAAAUAGGUUCUCUAGACGCCGCUCCUUGAAAAUUGCAUUCUCUAGGCUUCGCUGCUUGAAAAUUGGAUUCUCUAGGCUUCGCUGCUACACAUAGAAGCUCUCAAGGCACGGUUCCUUGAUAAAUAGGAUCUCUAGGCGCAGAUCCUUGAGAAUUGAAUCUUCCCUAGGCUUCGCUGCUUGACUUUUAAGCUCUCAAGGCGCGGCUCCUUGCUAAAUAGGAUCUCUAGACGCCGCUCCUUGAAAAUUGAAUUUUCUAGGCCUCGUUACUUGACUUAUAAGCUCUCAAGGCGCGGUCCCUUGUUACAGUGAACCUCUAGGCGCUGAUCCUUGAAAAUUGAAUUUUCUAGGCUAUGCUACUUGACUUAGAUGCUCUCAAGGAACGGCUCCUUGCUAAAUAGGAUCUCUAGACGCCGCUCCUUGAAAAUUGAAUUUUCUAGGCUUCGUUGCUUGACAGAAGUUUCCAAGGGUCGGAUCCUUGAUAAAUAGAACCUCUAGGCGCUGAACCUUGAAAAUUGAAUUCUCUAGACUUCGCUACUUCACAUAAACCAUAAUUUCCAGCCGACAAAUGCCACGUAAACAUCGUUGAAAAACUCCGAACAAUUCGCGCCGACCACGAAAGCUAUGUAACCCAAUUCGCCAAAAUCAACAACGAAGUAGCGAUCUGCGAUCGGCCCGGAACCGAUCUCGAAUACCGCGAACUCACAUCUCUCGCCCUCUCCGGCAUCCAACUUCUCUGCCAAUGGUCGUGCGCAGUUGUCGAAACAAUCAGUUGGAAACUUUUGCAUCCAACAGACCCGCGAGAUAAUCGAGAUUGUCCAGAAAGUGCGGAAGAAUACGAGAGAGCCACCAGAUAUAAUUAUUCGCCAAUCGAGAAAACUGCACUGAUUCAAGUGAUUGCUAUGAUUAAAGGAUUGCAAUCUUUGUUAGGAAAAAUGGAGCCGGAAAUGAGUAGCUCGAUCAGAAAAUGUGUUUAUAUCGAAUUACAAUCUUUUGUUCAACACACAAUCAAUGAACCCCUCCAAAAAGCGAAUAAAAACAAAAAAGAUCUUCUGGCAAGUAUAUUUCAAUCUGUAAAAGACUCGAUAUCUGAUGUUGGAUAUGAAAUGAAUCGAAUAAUUGAUCCAAAGAAGAACAAGAAAACGAAAGGAGAUUCGGCGAGCUCGUCAAGUUCAGAUGUUCGAAUUCCAAGGAGAACAGCUCCACCUGGAAGUACACAAUUAUAUAUGGCAAGAACACAAUUAGAAUCGUUGAUUUCGGAUAAAUUGUGUGGGGGUAAAAAAGAUUUUGCGAAAAGAAUUGGACUCGAAAACAAUUGA